AUGGCGGCGGCGGCGGCGGGCGCUUGGCUGAGGGGAUGUGCGAAGCUGAGAAGACACAUGCCAGCACACCUGGCUCCUUGGAGGGUUUCUCCCCGUGUAUUUAGAUCCUCCAAAUCAGAACUCAAGCCAAAUCUAGCCAGUGAUGGACUUGUCUGUGCUCCACUUCAAACGUUCACCGAAGAGGAGGCCAUGCUGAAAGACAUGGUGACCAAAUUUGCCCAGGAACGAGUUGCACCUUUUGUGCAAAAAAUGGACGAGAAUGCGAAAAUGGAAGAUUCUGUCGUUCAGGGAUUGUUUGAGCAAGGGCUGAUGAGUAUUGAGCUUGGGGAAGAAUAUGGAGGAACUGGAGCCUCAUUUUUUUCAAUCAUAUUGGCAGUGGAAGAAUUGGCCAAAGUUGAUCCAGCUGUGGCUCUUGUGUGUGAACUCCAAAACACUCUAACAAAUAAGUUGUUUACCACCUAUGGAACAGAAGAACAAAAGAGAACUUACCUGCCCAGGGUGUCUAAAGAUACACUAGGGAGUUUCUGUCUUUCGGAGGCUGGGUCUGGCAGUGAUGCUUUUUCCUUGAAGACUCGAGCUGAAAAGAAAGGAGACUACUACAUUAUCAAUGGCUCAAAGAUGUGGAUAAGCUUAGCAGAAGAUGCAGGAGUUUUCUUUGUCAUGGCAAAUACAGACCCAUCCUUAGGAUACAGAGGAAUUACAUGCUUCAUAGUGGAUCGCAACACGGAGGGGCUUCACGUGGGGAAAAAGGAGGACAAGCUGGGAAUCAGAGCAUCUUCCACCUGCCCAGUCACAUUUGACAAUGUGAAGGUUCCUGAGAGCAAUAUCCUGGGACAAGUUGGACAAGGCUAUAAGUAUGCCAUUGGAAUGCUCAAUACUGGCAGGAUAGGGAUUGCUGCACAGAUGCUAGGACUGGCCCAAGGGUGUUUUGACCGUACAGUUCCCUACACAAAGGAGAGAGUCCAGUUUGGGAAAAGCAUCUUUGAUUUCCAGGGGAUGCAGCACCAGAUUGCCCAGGUGGCCACGCAGCUGGAGGCAGCCAGGCUGCUGACCUACAACGCGGCGCGGCUGGCGGAGGCGGGCAGGCCGGCCAUCAAGGAGGCCAGCAUGGCCAAAUACUUCACUGCUGAGGUUGCAACACUGACAACCAGUAAAUGUAUUGAAUGGAUGGGAGGUGUUGGAUUCACCAAGAAUUACCCAAUAGAAAAAUACUACCGUGACUGCAAGAUAGGUACGAUAUAUGAAGGAACUUCAAACAUCCAGCUGAGCACAAUUGCAAAAUUCUUAGCACAGGAGUACUGAAACCGUAAGAACUUUCUUGAUACUGUAUGAACAUUAUUUGCCUGAACUCUAAUUGUGAAUUGCCCAUUUAUUUGUAAUUACAGAAGGCAUUGGUGACGCCAUAAAUAAGAAUACAUCAUCACAGUGAAAUAAUAGGGAAAACCAUGAAUUCCCCAUUUCAGGAGAGUGAGUCAUUCAUGUGAAAUCAUGAAUUCCACAUUCAAGUCCAAACUUCUUUCUGCCUGAGAGACUUCCAAGCGCUGGAUGUAGCUGCCUUAGGUCAUGCCAGCAGUUCAUCUCCACUUGGAGAUUUCAAAGUGAAAACAAAGGAAUCCAAAUCCCUGGCAUUUCUGUGAAUCCACGUGGGAGAAGGGACUCUCCCCGUGCAGCAGAGCCAGUGUGUGGAGUGGAGCUGCAGCUGGGAGGUGCUGCCUGCAUUAGCAUGGGGUGCACAGAGAGAGAAGUGGUGGUUUCCUCUCUCCCAGGUGGAGCGAUGUCUAUGGAGCUGCUGUAAUUGGAGUCAUUUUUACAGCAACCCUCAGUGUGUUCUUAAGGAUAUCUUUGUAAUUAAGCCCUUGCAGCCCCAAUUUGUACUCCUGAAAGGUGGAUAAUAUCCACCUCCCUUUCCAGCCUUCUCAGCUGUUAAGGGUUUUAAUCUAAGAGCCUAUUUAUAGUUAUCCUUUCAUAAAAGGUUGAGUUGAAAUCUUUCUGAAAUGGGGUUAAAAAAGCUCUAGUAGUUCUGCAAAAGGACAGAUACAAUCUGGGUAAUGGGAGUGCUGUGAUACUACCUCACAGUGGCCUUUCCACAUUCAGUGCAUUUUACAAACUUUAAAGGGAGGCACUGUUAAUUUGCAGCCUAGAAUUCCUUGCUCCUGGAAGUUAGUGGUUCUCUAGCACAGUUUUUCCCUUUUUUAAGAGAGAAAAAAGGGCAGGGGGUUGGGAAGUAUUUGGUUUUUUUAUUUGUCUCUGUUUACUCUAAAAUUAGACAUUUUAUUUACAGCAGAAACCUCUUCAGAGCUGGAGAGCUAAUUAACUAAUAAUCAAGAGACAGGAAGCUUAAUAUAUGAAAAAUCAUCCUAAUUGCUGUAAUUGGCAAUCUGUUUCAAGUGUUUUGGGGAGGGAAGGAUUGGUUUUCUGGUUUUGGCUGACUUAGAAGAAUCUCAUUUUUAAAGCUUGCCUUUCACUGAUGAUUCACUCUGAGUGGAGCUUAGAACAUUACAGGCUGAGACUCCCAGAGGAUCUCCUAGCAAAACCAGGGCAAGUGACACUUAACAAGUGGGAUUUGUAAAAUAAGCAGUGCCUUAGACAAAGAAACAAGCAAGGAUGAAAAGCACUAUUAAAAAGUUCUCUGACUUCAAAGGGAAGUAACUGCUUUAGUGAAUUAAUCCCUCUAUAUACACGCUUUGCCUUUUAAUGGGCAAAUCAUUGCUGUGGUGAUUAUCCUUAUGCCAAUAAAAAAGCCCCUCCCAUAUCAGUCUGAUCAAGAGCUUUGAGAUUUUCAAAAAUACAAGAGUAGGAAGGUAGACCAGAUGGUUUCUGAAGUUUUCUUCUAGCAAUGUUAUUAAUCAUUAUCAUUAUCAAUACAUUUCAGAUUUGCUUGCAGGCUUUCUUUCAGCUGAAAUGAAACAGCUGGGGAAAUUUAGAUUAGAAUUAAAGCUACAGUCACAACAACAUUUAACUACAGUUAUUCUGCUCAACACAGUCUAUCUGUGAAUCUGAAAUAAUCAUAACCUCACUGCACAAUGCUUGACUUAAUCUUGAUUACUGUGCUGAGUGCCAAGGUGGGGCAGCUCUUGGCUGCUGAGGUUUGAUCUGCUUUUCUCAUGUCAGUGUCCACAGAAAACAGAGUUUGGUUUUUGUUGUGAUCUCCUGGUUUGAGACACUCUCAGCUUGGCAUCUGCAGUUUGUGUGAGACUGAGGACUGGCAAUACUUAACUGAUUCAGUAGAGUGCCAGAAGCAAACCCUUUGUGGAGGAAAAUGCAGAGCUCUUUGAAGGACUUUUAAGGGCUGGAUAUCCAGGAUUAUGUAAAAAGACUCUGUGUAGAACGGUGUCAGGCAUCCAUUUGAAAAAAAUAACCAGGAAAAAUGAGAUGAAUGUGAUUCCUCACAGUCUGAUAUGGGAUGCCUGAGUCCAGGAAACAACCUGAGCAUCCUCAUCAGCUAUUCAGUAGUAGCUGAUGAGUGUUUUUUUGUCAAUAAAGCAAGGUCAAGCCUUUAACUAAUGUUACAGCUGUACAUAUUUCAUGUCUUUGUUAUGUAUGUUGUAUUUUGUACACAGUUUUGAAAGAAAUAAAUAAUGUAUUUGUAUACAAAAUUCUGUGGAAGAAUAUGUGCACAAAUCAAUUAUAACCCCUGAGCAGCUUUCCUUAUUGUUUUAGGAGGACAGAGACCUGUGUGGAGGGCAUUGGCUACUCUGGUCACUGAUUCUGGGGACAGUUAACCUGGGGAGUCACAGAAUGGUUUGGGCUGGAGGGGACCUUAGAUCCCAGCCCUGCCAUGGGCAGGGCCACCUUCCAGUACCCAGGUUGCUCCAACCCUGCCCAACCUGGAAUCAUUUCCUGCCCUCAAGCCUGAUUCCAUUGCUGCUCUGAACUCAGAUGUUUGGGUAGGAAUGAGAAGUGCUGUGCUGUUGUCCAGGAGCUGUUUAGAGCUGCCUGUGCUCCCCAGCCCUUGUUCUGGUGUGGGACAGGCAUUUUUGGGUGGCAAUAAAUGGCAGUUCUACGUUUGGCACUGUGGGCACAGGCUGCAGAGCUGGUGUGGGCAGUGCUGGGAGGCUUUCUGAGCUUUCAAGCUGCUUUAUAUACUCAAUACCUAUUUUAUUAGUGACUUCCUCCUUUUUAUGCCCUUAGUCCAUCCAGUCUGUUGUCCUGGAACAGCAACUUAAGUAUCAAAUGUUGCAUGUGAGCUACCCUGGUUAGAAGAAAAGACCUGUAUUGAGAAUGUAUUAAAAAGUG